UUCACGCUCUCCUCUUCUUAUAGCUAAAACCACUGCAAACCUCUGCAAUCUUCCACUAUCAAAAGCAGUGAACAAAUAUAGCCGUUUUCGAUUCCUUUUCCUCUUCUCUUUUCUUCCUCUCUCUCUUUCUUUCCACUGUCUUCCAUUUCUCGAAGCUCUUCUCCCCAGAUAAUGUAAAACAUAGGUGUUUCCCCAGUCAAGUCUUUCAUCACCCACCAAAGAUUCUGUGGAAUGGCUCCGUUUCCUUACCUAUCGCUCUUUCUCCUCCCCAUUGCUCUGUUUGUGACCCUCUCCUCGGCUGCAGAUCCGUUUGCUUUCUUUAAUUUUGAAGUCUCUUACAUCACUGCCUCUCCUCUGGGAGUCCCUCAACAGGUUAUUGCAAUAAAUGGGAAGUUUCCUGGUCCUACUAUCAAUGUAACUACUAACAACAAUGUAGUUGUCAAUGUGAGGAACAAGCUGGAUGAGAGCCUUCUCAUGCAUUGGUCUGGAAUUCAACAGCGGCGAAGUUCAUGGCAAGAUGGAGUUCUAGGAACAAAUUGUCCAAUUCCUCCCAAGUGGAACUGGACUUACCAGUUUCAAGUCAAGGAUCAGAUAGGGAGCUUCUUUUACUUUCCAUCACUCCAUUUCCAGAGAGCGUCCGGUGGAUUCGGUGGCUUCUUUAUUAACAACAGGCCUAUAAUCCCCAUUCCUUUUGCUACCCCAGAUGGGGAUAUUACAAUUUUGAUUGGUGAUUGGUACACCUCGAAUCACACGGCUCUGAGAAAAAUUCUUGAUGGAGGGAAGGAUCUUGGAAUGCCACACGGGGUUCUCAUUAAUGGCAAAGGUCCCUACCGAUAUAACGAUACACUAGUCCCCGAUGGUAUCGAGCACGAAACAAUUGAAGUUGAUCCAGGGAAAACAUACCGCAUUCGGGUACACAAUGUUGGAAUAUCUACCAGUCUGAACUUUAGGAUCCAAAACCACAACCUUCUUUUAGCAGAAACAGAGGGGUCGUAUACCGUGCAGCAGAACUAUACUAGCUUAGAUAUACACGUUGGACAAUCAUAUUCAUUUUUGGUAACCAUGGAUCAGAACGCGAGCACUGAUUAUUACAUUGUAGCUAGUGCUCGGUUUGUCAAUGAAUCUGUUUGGAAAAGAGUUACUGGUGUUGGUAUCUUGCAUUACUCUAACUCCAAAGGAAAGGCAGCAGGCCCCCUUCCAGAAGCUCCAAAUGAUGAAUUUGAUAAAACUUUCUCGAUGAAUCAGGCGAGAUCAAUCAGAUGGAAUGUAUCUGCUAGUGGUGCUCGUCCCAACCCUCAAGGAUCAUUCAGAUAUGGCUCAAUUAAUGUAACUGAGAUCUAUGUCUUGAAGAAUAAGCCUCCCGUGAUGAUCGAUGGCAAACGACGAACUACACUGAGUGGUAUUUCGUUUGUCAAUCCAUCCACACCUAUCAGAUUGGCUGACCAAUUCAAGUUGAAGGGUGUUUAUAAGCUUGACUUCCCCACCAGGCCACUUACAGGACCGCCAAAAGCUGAGACAUCAGUGAUUAAUGGAACAUAUAGAGGGUUUAUGGAGGUUAUAUUGCAAAACAAUGACACCAAGAUGCAGAGCUAUCACAUGAACGGAUACGCCUUCUUUGUCGUGGGGAUGGACUAUGGCGAGUGGACCGAGAAUAGCCGGGGCACGUACAAUAAGUGGGAUGGAAUAGCUCGCUCAACAAUUCAGGUUUAUCCUGGAGCAUGGACGGCCAUCUUGAUAUCUCUUGACAAUGUGGGAGUUUGGAACAUCAGAACAGAAAAUCUUGACUCGUGGUAUCUCGGGCAAGAGACGUAUAUUCGGGUUGUCAAUCCUGAGGCUACCAACAAAACUGAACUACCUAUGCCAGACAAUGCACUCUUUUGCGGUCAACUUAGUAAAUUACAGAAGCCACAAGAUAUCUCUUCUGCAAUUUCGAUCAUGGGCAAUCGGUGGAAGAUGUUACUCACUACGCUAACAAUCAUCUCCACUGUAAUCUCUGCUUUGCACUAAGCAUCGUUGCUCUAUGCCUGCUCGUGUUACGUAAGUUUUCAAAGUCGUCGGGCGUCUUGUUAAGUUUGGUCUGUAAGUCUUGUGGAUACCCUGUCUUUCAUGAUUUUUGCAUAGCAUUCUUUCCCAUGUGCAUGCUGUAGAAGGAUGUAUCUUUGGUUUUCCUUGUUCAUUGGAUUUGGAUUCAUCAUUCUUUUAAUUCUUGAGUCAUGAUACACGAAACUGUACCGAUAACGAUUCAUCGAUUCUCAUUACCACUGCCUUCUCACA